AGAUGGAGGACGAGGAGGAGAGACAGACCGGGGGUUACCGCAAUGCCGUCAGCAGGCGCCCCUUACCACCUGAGUAACUGGACGGUGAUGCUGUGGGUGGUGGUCUCUUUGCUGCCCCUGGUGGAGGGGGCCCGUAUUGGCACUGGUUUGGGGGCAGACUCUGUCCAGGCUGUGGGACUGGUGGGAGGGAUGUGGGAGAGGCAGCUCCCAGACACUCUACCUGAGGUGGAUGAGCAACAAGAGGAGGAGAGUGACCCGUACUCCCCCUGGCAUGGCCUCUCCGACCCCUCUGUGAUGGACGAAGCAGACGACCACCCCAGUGGCCGGUGGGUGGGACGUUCCCCCCGCAACUCUGACCCCUCAGACGCCGAACCAAAAGGCUUGGCCAAGAAAAAGAAGAAGAGGAGGAAGAAAGAGAAAGAGAGGGACAGAAAGGGCAAAGGAAAGGGAAAGGGCAGGCAGCCCCAGCAGAGCAGCCCAGACUGCAGGGUGGAGAAACGAGAGAUGCGGGUGCGGGACUUGGGCCUGGGCUUCGACUCGGACGAGAUCGUCCUCUUCAAGUUUUGCGUGGGCUCCUGCCAGUCAUCCAGGACCAACUACGACCUGGCUCUAUGGUCCCUGAUGGAGAAUGGGUCCCUGCCGCGGAGGACCUCCCGGCGGGUCAGUGCCCACCCCUGCUGCCGGCCUGACCGCUACGAGCCAGUGUCCUUCAUGGACGCCCACACCACGUGGCAGACCAUCCAGUCACUGUCGGCGGCCAGCUGCAUGUGUAUGGGCUGAGGGAGCCAGCCAAGAGGAGGAUGAAUAGGGCAGGGUGGCAACUGGCUGUCACUCAGCCCUGCCUGAUAAUAUACAGAUGGUGGCUCGCCGUUGAGUCUGGGUCUAGGGAGAGCCUCUGGGUUCUGGGAGGGCAGAGGUAGUCGCUCCGAAAACAUAUGCAACAGGGCUGGUCCCCAGUACAAAGCAGGAUGGAGAUUCUGUAGAGGGUCUAUGAUGGUGGAGUGAGGCCACGCCUCUUCCUGUUGUACAUUUUCUGCUGAGGAUAAAGUGGAUCUGGUUGCAAUGAUAGACUGCCAUGACCGAUUGGCAAGACAGUCUCUGGGAACAGUUUUUAAGAAGAUGGUGACCACACAAUGGUAGGAUCUUAAUAUUCACAGCAGUUGGGAUAUGUAUAAGACUGACCUGGAGUACUGAUUAAAAUAUUGACUCAAAGGUCAAAACGAGGACCAUAUCUCAUUGCAUUUGCCCACAGGUAGACAGGCUCAAAACAGGGAUUUUCCGUAACUACAUUUUUUCAAUGUUCUCUUGAGUUGUACGAAAUGGAUGCCAUGCAUCUCUUUGCAUUACCGCAUUAUAGUCAACAUAUUUAUUACAGAUAAGUUAUUUAUUUAUUGUCAUUUCAUAUGAGGUCCUUUUUAUGGACUGUAGAUUUAUAUUUAUUGUCAUGAUCACAUAUACCGGGGGGUUUGUGUUGUUGGAUCCUUUGACUUUGAAUUGUUUGAUUUUGGGGGAUUUUGAAACAUCAAAAAGAUCAGAACAAGUGGGCAAGGAACUCAACAUGCAGUAUGUCUCAUUUCACACAAAGGAAGGAAAUAGUCUUGUGGCUGAAAACCUAACCAGGUUACAAGCUUAGUUUCGUUUUUUCAUUGUUGUUUCAGUAUUU